AAGACGCCAUUUUUUCGCCUCAAUAAUCAAUCUCUCACGACGAACCUCAUUCGAUUCACCGUGACCUCUUCAACUCGCUUAUCGAAGCAUCAAUUUGUUAAUGCGGAUUUCGAUGCUGUAAUUUCCUCAUAGGGCUUUUAUUUGCUUUGUGGGCGGAACAUUCAGUUUUUUUUUUUUUUUUUAUCACGCUUGCUUUGCUGUCUCAUGGAUCAUAAUGGUUUUAAUGAUGAAAAGCGUGAAAGCAGGCUUUACAUUGGUAACCUUGACCUCAGAAUAACAGAGGCUGCUCUUAUUAAAAUGUUUUCCCCGUUCGGGAAAAUUGUAUCCGAGGAUUUUCUAUGGCAUACUCGUGGUCCAAAGCGCGGAGAACCCCGGGGUUUUGCUUUCGUCCAGUAUAGCACCAAAGAGGAAGCAAGACUGGCCAAGGAGAAAAUGCACGGGAGGCUAGCUUGUGGUCGGCCAUUGGUUGUCCGACUUGCCAGUGAGAAGUUUUUGGCUGAAUCGGAGGGAAGUUCUCCCGCAGGAGUAGGCGAGGCAGGCAAAGCCAGUGGUGCUGGUAAUAGCUUAGGACAGAUGAGCCGGAGUGCAAGAAUAGCUGCUAUCAAGAACAAAUUAAAGGCUUUGGAGGAAGAAGGCUCUAGUGCGAAGAAGCAGAAGAAUGCAGAGAAUUAAUUAUUAAAAAAAAAAAAAUCUCUUCUUGCAGUGAUAGUAUUGACAGUAGUGGAUUUCCAUCUGCCAAAAGAUAGUUACAAGCUCAGACAGUGAAGAGAAAUUUGCAGGCUCCUGAAAUAUCUCCAGAAUCAACUGUGAUCUACUAGACUCAGUUUUGGGAUUUUCUGAUAUAGUAAAAUGACAUUUGGAGAUUCUUUUUCAUAUAGUUUUUGCUUUCAGAUUGUUGACUUAAUUCUCUCAAUCCUGGCCUUUUGGAAAACUAAUGUUGCACAUGUACUGGCAUUGGGGUUGUGGGUAGCACAAAACAAUCAUUGCCGUGGGCAUCAAUCUUUGUUGGUUAAUUUCAUAAAUAAUGGUACGGUUAUGAGCAUCAACUUGUUACA